CCGUCCAACAGGCACCUACAGCCUCCUCCUCCUCUGCUAACUACCUCUACUCUGCUUUCACUUUUAUAUACGCGCGGGCAAUACUUCUAAAUUGAAGACACGAAAAUUACACUGUAUCUCGUGAGGAGAGAUGUGCAAGGUGCACGGAAACCUAGGAAUCCGCGACAGUAGACGGCGCAGCGUCGACGUUGGCGGUCUUGCGCUCGCUCUGGCCCAGGAGGGCUUGGGUCAUGGCUGGGGAGGCUGGGAGGACGAGGAGAUAGGCGAAGCUCGAUACGCUGAGCUACUCAGCGACAUGUAUACGCACACGCAGUCACAUACGUCUGCCGACUCUGCGCACGGGGUAAUAUCCGAGAUGCCCCUCACAGCAGAAGCGCGUAGACGUUUGAUACGGUCUCUUGACAGCUGGAAUUUUGAACCGCACAAGCUACCAGACGAGGAGAUUAUCGCUUGCACAUUAAUUCUAUUUGAGUCUCUGUAUCGCAUGGAGGGGAUGCAGGAAGACCUUAGCGUUCCCUUGCAACGACUCUCCGAUUUCUUACACCAUCUAAGACACGUAUACCGCCAGCAAAACUCUUAUCACAACUUCCACCAUGCUCUCGACGUUCUCCAAGCUACUCACAUUUUCCUACACUCGUCGAACAUCGUCCCACCUGUAUCCAUACUAUUAAAUCCAGAUGACGGACCCUGGCGGCCAAAUCAGGAUGUACCUCGAGAUCCCCUCCUGGCCUGCCUUACCAACGAAGAUCUAUUCGCCCUAUACGUUGCCGCUAUUGGCCACGAUGCCGGUCAUCCCGGAUUUACCAACAAUUUCAUGAAAAAUGCCAAGACCCCUCUAUCCAUGGUAUAUGACGACCGUUCCGCUCUGGAGCAAAUGCACUGCGCGCUCUUGCUCAAGCUGAUGCGUAAUGAUGGUCUCGGCCACCUCCUAGACCGUCCGGUUCGGGGACCCCAGUUUCGCCGACUAUUACUUCAGACAGUGCUUGCGACAGAUAUGAGCGUCCACCCCGAGUUCAUGGAUCUCUUCAAGAACCUACUGGCCGGUAAAGAGACCGACGUCCGAAGACAGAAGGUUCUGAUCUGCCAAGCGCUCAUCAAAUGUGCAGAUAUAAGCAACCCUUGUCGACCGAUGAGCGUGUCGCGUCAUUGGGCUGCUGCUCUAGCGCAAGAAUGGCAGAAUCAAGCGCUUUUGGAACGACACCUAGACUUGCCGCUUUCGGUACAGCCCUCCGUCGACCCCCUGAGCGAAGCACGCUCGCAAGUAUGGUUCAUCAACACGUUUGCGAAGCCUCUCUUCGAUAUGACGGCGUCUGGCGUACCAGAGAUGGCCAAGUUUGCGCUGCAGUGCUCAAGCAAUCUGCAGACGUGGGAAGCCCGCUGCGCGGAACUCAAUGUGCAUGAAGACGCCGCGCUGGAGGACCCAGAGCGGUCAGCGACCCCCGCGCGGAUGCCCGAGGACUUCCUCACCGUCUUCCCCCUGACGCUGCCCUCGGAUUUCCUGCUGCCGCAGAUGCUGACGACCGUUGGCGCGGUCGCUCCCUCGUCGCCGCCUGCUACUCCGUCAGAAUACUCGGCGUCGUCCAUCGUCUCGCCCCAGUCUGAGGUGUUUGAUUUGUUGCAUCCACAGAAUUCCACGUAUGUUGGAGGGAACUCAGCGGGCAGCGACGCGAACGCUGCUAUACGCGCCGCCUACAAGGCGAGUGUGCGCAAGAAGAAGAGUUUCCACAGGAACUCGUGGAAUCCCUCGGGGGCCUUCUCGGCACCCCAUCCUGCAGUUGACGGAGCCCUGCCCAUGUCACCUAGGCUCCCGUGCUCAGGCCCUCCCUAUUCUUCCAGUCACGCGGCCCCGCCCCUGCUUGUUGCGAGAUAUAAAUCUGCGUCAUAG